UUCUCGCUCACCGUCGUCAGUUUGAAUGAACUUUAUUGCCAACUGUGUUUUGUAACUCGUUCAACAUGGGGUCACGGGUUGCGCGUAUGUUCAGAAAUUUCAACCUGGAGAACCGGGUUCACCGAGAAAUCUCCAAGGAGAAGCCGCGAGCCGCACCCCGCCACGAGGCCGACCUCGCGCGCUCCUCCGGCGGUUCCGUAGCCGCGGAGACAGCGGAGUCGCUAAGCCAGAAGAACGCCCCUCUGCUGGGCCUCCUGCGUUCCGUGUAUGUGGAGUCCAAGGACCCGGCAGCAGCAGAGGCAUCAGAGGAGGUGAGCGUGGGAACAGAAGGGGAGCGGCGGCCGCUCUGGUAUAGUGUGCCGGGGGACCAGUAUGGCCUGGUGGAGCUCUCAGACGUUCCUAAAGGCAAGCUGACCAUCGCUGAGACUCUGAAAGCCCUGGGCAGCCACCAGCGGCAGCCUCAGACAUGGACACCGGGAAAGAUCGCUCAGGAAUAUUCUCUGGACUUGAAGGACACAAAAGCUCUCCUGGAGUUCUUCAUCCCCUUCCAGGUUCACAUCAUACCACCCAAGACUGAGAGUGCCAAGCAGAUAAAGGCUUCCUAAGACUGGAUUGUAGGUGAAAGGUAGCUCAUGUAAAUCCCAGAGACUUCAGAGCAUCUAACCCUACCCCCCAUGCUCACCCCCAAGACCCUGACCCCCCCUCAGUGCUGUUCCUGACAAUCCUGCUGCACAGGCAGUUCAGAGGCCAUGUAUGAGAGCUCACAUAGUACAUCAUUAGAUUCUCCCGGAUAAAUCUGUCGUCGGCAAACACAAAUACAUUGAAGCACGGCAAGACGCAGCUGAGGGGAAACCGUCCAUCGCUGAUCUUAGUAUUUACUCCUGUGCUCCUCUGUCACCUGUCAAAAUGUCCUCUGGGGGAAGGCUGAAUUUAAAAUGUUCUGCCCAGCUCAUUACAUCAUGAUCACCAGAUUGAAUAAAACAUGUUUGGGUUUAAGUAAAAUAAAUAAUAAAUAAUUGCUGUGUUGUUGGAAAAAACA